UCCAUAUUUACCCCUAUACACAAAGUUUUAUUACCUACAUGUCCAUUCCUCUUAUAUUCGAUUUUCCUCUCUGAUUUCUUCGUCCCCAAACUCUUCUCCCCCUCCCUCUGAUUUUCUAUUACCCACGCACUUUUGUCGUCUCUAAUUUUAUGUGUUUUGAGUCUUGAUUUUUCAUAUUUUGUCGAGAUCUUUGAUUUUGGAAGAUUAAGGCCAUUUUCAGAUCUGAAAGAAAAUUUGAGACUCUCAAGGAUCGAUUUUUGAAAUAAAUUUUAGAUGUCGAUGAAUUCAGCAUAUUGGUGUUACAGAUGCAACCGAUUUGUUAGGGUUUGGACCCAAGAUUCGAUUGCUUGCCCUGAUUGCAACAGCGGGUUUGUAGAAGAAAUCGAGAAUUCGACCGGCUCUUCGCUGUCUGACUCCCGCAGACGGCGUUUUCCGGCCUCCGCUAUGUACAUGAUGCGGAAUCCGGAGUCGGGACCCGGGUCUCUUUCCGGGUCCGGUCCGAGUUCGGGUUCCAGCCCGAGGCUUAGGAGGAACCGGAGAAAUGGGGGUGAUAGGUCACCGUUCAACCCGGUGGUUGUCCUCCGUGGGCCCAAUGAUGGUGGAGGCGGCGCCACGGCCGGUGGUGGAUUUGAACUGUAUUAUGAUGACGGUGCGGGUUCGGGUUUACGCCCCUUACCAGCUAGCAUGUCGGAGUUUCUACUUGGGUCGGGUUUCGACAGAUUGCUUGAUCAAUUGGCCCAAAUUGAGGCGAAUGGUAUUGGGAGAAUUCACAGAAAUGCGCCUGCAUCGAAAGCGGCAAUUGAAUCGAUGCCCACAGUUGAGAUAAUCGAUCAACAUAUAGCCACCGAAUCACACUGUGCUGUUUGUAAAGAGGCCUUUGACUUGGGGAAUGAGGCUCGAGAAAUGCCCUGCAAGCAUUUGUAUCAUCAAGACUGCAUAUUGCCAUGGCUUUCAUUGCGAAAUUCAUGUCCUGUUUGUAGACACGAAUUACCAACGGAUGAUGAGAAUAAUGAUACUAACUAUCAUCGCAAUACAACUUCAGUAAAUAGAGGAGGGAAUGAGAUUGUGAAUGAUGAUGAGACCGUUGGACUUACAAUAUGGAGGUUGCCAGGAGGUGGGUUCGCCGUUGGAAGGUUUAUGGGAGGGAGGGGUGGGGAAAGAGAGUUGCCUGUUGUAUACACGGAGAUGGAUGGUGGAUUUAACAAUAAUGGGGCUCCGAGGAGGAUUUCAUGGGGGUCGAAUGGAAGUGUUUCACGGGAAAGAGGUGGGUUGAGGAGAGUUAUCCGUGGUUUGUUAUCUUGUUUUGGCAGGAAUGAAUCAUCCGCUUCUAGUUCUAGUUUGGAUUCUAGAAUAAGUCGCAGGAGUAGUUUCAGCUCCACAUCUAGACGACGUAGAGGAUGGGGAUUUGACGAUAAUGAAGGAAACAACAGAAGAUGGUGAAUUUUGAAAGAGGGAUUGCUAGUAUAUGAAUUGAAUUUGUGGAUGAAAUUGGUGGUAGGCUUUAUUGUCAUUCAUGGUAGUUAGAUGGAAAGGAAUGAUCUACAUUGAUUGAUCAGUUUCAUGUUCGUCCAAGAAUUAUUGCUCAAUGAAAUUUUGGUUAAUAACUGAAUUGUAGAUGGUUUGGGAGCAAAACAAGAUAAGGAGAUGAAGUAAUAGAGGAGAAUAACUCCAAAACAGAUUGACAAUCAGCUUCUGAGAAUGGGGAAGUAGAAGGUAAAAGCCCCAUGUACUGAUUUGUAUUUGAACUUGAGAGUUGUUAGUCUUUCUCUCUUAUUGUAUUCCUUCUUAUUUUUUAUAUUUGUAGUUAGCUUCGAUGCUAUCAUUUUCAUGUAUCAUUAGUUUUUUGUAAUGCUCAAGUUCAUGAAGCCUAAUGAGUUCAAGUUUCAUGUUUGUUGUA